GUAGAAAGUGCAAAAUGAAAACACAAAGUGUAUGCCUUCUGUCCUAGACAUGGGUACAUUGAAAGUCUCCGGCGUCUUUGAAAAUUGCCAGUUCGUGGUUGAUUUUGCUGCUUCCUUGUCGCUAACGUACAAAGGGAAGGAAGAAAUUCGACGAAAGAUCGUAGAAAAUGGCGGUACAUUGUCAUAUGUACUAACAAAACAGACAAACUUUCUGGUGACUGGUGAUUCUGAACGAGCUUUGUCAUCGUAUAAGGGAAGAACUGCAGUGAAGCUUGGAAUUCCAGUGGUUCCAUUUGAUUUCAUUACUGACUGCAUCAAGUCUGGAAAACUUGUUGAUCCACAGCCUUUUCCUUUGUCAGAAACCCUUGAAUCACAGAACUUUAGUUCAGGCAAGAUUGUUGCUAAGAACCAAAGGGAAGAUAAUGUGACCAAACCUACAAAGAAACAGAAGCUUCCAGAUCUCAAUAGAAUAAAGGUGUGGCCUUACAAAGCAGUUGAUGGUCCAGAAUUUGAUGAGCCAAACUGUGAAAUUGUUAAAGAUGCCCUACUAGCGAAAACAAAUCCUGGUGAUGGUCCUCUUCUUCUUUACUCUCUGGAGUUGCACUUCAUUCCUUCACAUGUACCUUGCACCAGCUCAAGAUACCGCUUAUUUACGCACCAAGGUACCUUGAUGGCAUUCAUCAUGGGACAUAAUGAAGGGACAAAGGAGUGCAGAUAUUUCAGCUCUUCUGAGGAGGCAUUUGGAGCAUUCAUUGCUAUAAUAGAUCAGCAAUUUGCAGACGGUUACAAGAAAUUAUCAAAGUAUCCAUCACCCAAUAUUGGCUCUGACAGACUGAAACAGUUGUUGAAUGAGGAAUCAUCUUCACAGGAAGAUUCUUCAAUCUCCCCUGAAGUUGCAAACCUUAUCAAUUACAUUUGGAAUGAGGCAGUAGGCAGUCUGGCAGAUAUUCUGGCCACUCCUCUCAGUUCCAUCAAACUUGAGGAUGUAGAGAAAGCUGAAGCAAUCUUACUUUUAUUGAGAAAAUCAAUAGAUGAUGGUGAAGGGGUCAGCAUUAUUCACCAGCUAUCUGAUGAGUUUUUCUCAGCUAUUCCUCACAAGAACAGAGGAGAAAACAUAAGUUCAAAGCGCCUCAUUGCUCAAAAACAAGACUUGUGUCAACUUAUUAAAGACAUGGUGAGCAUUGGUGAGUCUACAAACUGGAAAACCAGACAAGAUGUACAUUCCAAGUACAGGGCACUCAAGUCCUAUAUUGAAUGCCUUAACCAUGAAAGUGAUGGCUUCAAAAAAAUCCAAAAGCUUGUUAAAUCAAGCGAAACAAGUCCUCCAGAUAUUGAUGUACUCAAUGUAUACUCUAUCCACCGUCCUGUGGAGGAAACUGCCUUUUCUCCCCAGAUUGGAAAUAAUGCUCUUCUUUUCCAUGCAUCGAAGGUGGCAAACUUUGUAGGCAUACUUUCAAGAGGGCUUCUUAUGCCUAAAAUUGUCGUGGAUGACUUUGGAGGACAACGUUCAGACCCAGGAAUGUUAGGAAGUGGGAUUUACUUUUCCAAUUCUGCCAGCACCAGUGCCAAGUACUCGGCACCUGGAAGCAAGGGAUCAAGGCUUAUGCUUGUGAAUGAGGUCGCCUUGGGUAAAGUCAAGGAGUUCAAGACAUUUACCAUGGAUUUGACCUCGCCUCCACCAGGUUAUAGCAGCUGCCAUGGAGUGAGAAACACGGAUAAUGAGCCUUCUGACUUUAAGGACGACGAGUUUGCCAUCUACAACGGGAACCAACAGAAAAUAAGAUAUCUGGUUGAGUUUGUGUUGCGUGGUGAUGUUGUAGUCGCUGAUCGAGAUGAUGCCUCGAUUGAUAGCGGGUUUUUCGAUGAUAGCUCGGAAGCUGCUCCCGAAGACCAUCGCGGCAGUGUAGUCCUAACGGAUGUGAUGUCAAUUGUGGAUCCUCUGACUAAAGUUGAGGCAGGACUUAAGGGAACUGGAGACAAGUCCAUCCCGUUGCAGUCAGUUCAUAUUAGAGCUAGGCUGUUGGAUUUGGCGGCUCAGGUGAUAGUUUUUCAAGAGUACAGCAAUAACAGCUCGACGCCCAUAGAAGCUAAAUACGUUUUCCCUCUCGACGACAUGGCAGCAGUUUGUGGUUUUGAGGCGUUCAUCAAUGGUAAGCAUAUCGUUGGUGAAGUGAAGGAAAAAGAACAAGCGCACAAAGAAUAUAGGGAAGCCAUCAGCAAGGGGCAUGGGGCCUACCUUAUGGACGAGGAAACUCCGGAUGUGUUUACAGUCAGUGUUGGAAACCUUCCUCCCGGUGCUCAAGUAUUAAUCAAGAUAACUUAUGUCACUGAAUUAACAGUGGACGGCGAACACAUCUGUUUCUCUCUCCCAGGCACCGUGGCUCCGUGGACACGUGACAAGGCCUUAGAAGAAGUAACUCAGACUUAUGUGGAUACAGUGCGGAUAGGGGAAGUGGGACCCUGCGAUCCCGCCUUUGACGUUUCUAUGAAAGUGUCCGUGGAGAUGCCCUUUGAGAUUCGCUCACUUGACUCACCGACUCAUGCGAUGAAAGUUAAGCGAACAGCCACCAAAGCAGUGAUAGAACUGGAGCCAGGCCAGUCUCUUGGGGAUGGAUUUCAACUUUUGAUUGGUUUAGCAGAGAUUCACGUACCCCGGAUGUGGGUGGAGCGGCACACCAACAAUUCAGAUAGACAGGCUUGUAUGCUCACAUUUUAUCCUGAGUUCGAGGCUAAAAGUCCUUCUGAAGUUGAAGUGAUAUUUCUGCUUGAUCUUUCCUGCUCAAUGAAGGGUUCAAAUCUUAACGACGCCAAAAAGAUACUACUGAUGUGCCUUAGUCUUGUGAAGGAAGGUUGGAUUUUCAACGUACUCGUGUUUGGAAGCAAACAUUCAGAGCUGUUUCUAUAUAGCGUACGAAAAGACAAAGAUUCUUUUGAAGAAGCUAAAAAAUUUGUCGAGUCCUUAAUCGCUGACAAAGGCAGCACAGAGUUGUGGCGAGUCCUUCGGAAGCUGUACAUGUUACCCACCUUAUCGACCGCUGACCACCCACGCAAUCUGUUCUUAAUCUCGGAUGGCCACGUGACAGAAGAGGAAACCACUCUUGGCUUGAUCCGCAAUCAUUGCCAAAGUGACAGGCUCUUUUCCCUUGGUGUGGGUUCCACGGCCAAUCGUUACCUUCUACGAGCAAUGUCCAGAGUUGGAGCUGGUGCCUCAGAGUUUUUUGAAGGUAGUGCCAAGUCUAAAUGGGAAAGAAAGGUGAGAUCGCAGUUGUCCAAAGCUGAGCAACCAGGCCUGACAUCAGUGGGAGUAACCUGGCAGCAGCACGAUUCCGGGUCCAGUCCCCCUGUACAAGCUCCUCACCAACUCUUGUCGCUGUUCAACGGUUCUAGACAAGUGGUUUAUGGAUUUGUUGAUAACUGCACACAGGCCACCUUGAGCGCAGAGGUUAACGGCACAACGGUAUCAACCAUGGUGUCUACCGCUGAUCUAAAUAUCACUAAGGGCAAAAUUCUUCAUCAGCUGACCGCGCGUGCAAUCAUCAGAGACUGGGACGAAGGUAGCCUGCAUGAGCAGCGCACUGGGCAUGAGAUUGUGAAGAGAGACAGGAAAGACUUCAUCGUUUCCUUGAGCAAGACGUUCUCCGUGGUAUCCAAAUUCACAAGUUUUGUUGCAGUUGAACACAGAGAAAAGGACGAGAAAUUCAAGGAGGGCCAGGGACCGAGUAUACUCGAGUUGGUCUCUACGGAAGAUGUAGACAUAUUGGAAUACAUAGCUUGGGAGAGUCGACCUGUAAUGGAGAAAAAUCAGGAACUGAAUAUUGAAGAGAAACUAGAGAAAAAGCUCCAAGAGGCGAAGGUGUUGGAGACAAGCUCAGUUUUACAAAGCGAGCGCCUUUACAAAGAAAUUAUUGAAGAAGCGAAGGAAAACCUCGGUGCUGAUCAGCCAGUGACAGUUAAGGCAAUAAAAGCCCUUUCAAACUUGUACACUUUGAUGGGUGAAGAGGAGAAGGCUUGCCGAAUUUUUGAAGAAAACGAGUCGGCUGUCAGUGAUUUCAGUCUCGAUGUCGAAGUGCCACGGAAUUCCACAAGCAAAGAUUCCGACUGGAGUGAUCCUACAGAAGGUAGUGCCUUCUCCUCUGGGGAUAGUAGCGACAAUAAUGUUUCGGUGGCGGAGGCAGAACUUCUGGAUGAAGAGGAGCUUGAAUUCUGUGAAAUGGACCAGCAAGGCAUGGAUGAGGAUGAGGAUGAGGAAGAGGAAGCUUCAGAGGCGCCCUCCCCGCGGGUAAUCACGAGAGACAUGAAUUCAGCCUCUAAAACGAGGACCCAAGACAUGUAUACAGAGAGUGAAUCAAAGCCUGAGCCGGUGAAGAGCAUCGGCACUUGUGACGCCGAGAGAAAACCUAAGGCAUUAAGGCGAGCUAUGGCGAUGCCAGCUAUGGCGAUGCCACCCUUGGCUGUGUCCUUAAGAGAUGAGAGCAAGAAGGCAGAAAAGAAAGAAAGUUACAAACCGCAAAUGGAGCGAGGCGAUGAUGCUUCUCUGGUUACGCAAAGAGUCGCUUCGUCCUCAAGACAGGAUUAUCCUUCUAAUGUAAUUACAAGAGACGGCGUGUCUGCCUUUGAAGCACCUGGUUUUGCUUUCACAUCAAAGCUCGCAGCUCUUCCUACCACUGAGGCAUCUUCGUGCCAAGCUGGUUCCGGUUUGUCUGACAAGUUACAACAGCCACAAGAACCAUUAUUAAAGAAGGCAGCACCUGUUACCUUUGGAGGAAGAAUUGUUCAAAGAGAAGGUAUUCCUUUUGGAAGAUCUUGUCGUUUUGGUGGACAGAAUAUGAAGAUUUCACAGCAGUCACAGCGAAACCAAUUAUUUGGUAAGUCGGGAGAAAAUGAUGGAUUAUUUGAUUCAUCCAAAAAGAAAGCAAUUCAAGAGAUACCAACGUUCAUGGAAAAGGAAGCAGUGCCCCCAGUUGUUGGAAGACGCUCAGGUUCUAGUCUGCAGAAUAUGGAGAUGUCUAACUCAGCUCAGUCAUCUGGUAGUUCUACGUUUGCCCGAUUUCAGACGUUGCAGCGAAACCCCUUAAAUUUUCCACAAGCUGCUGGAUUAUUUGGUAAUUCGCAGCAGAUCAAAAUGUUUUCCCAGCCACUGAAAGCUGCAACCGAUCCAUGUAGCUCUCGUUCCACAUUAAACAGAGUAGAUCGUCGGAUGGAAGAGGAAGUGAGGCAAGAGAUACCAGCGACUAUCAAAGGAGAUGGAGCAGUUCCAAUGAAUGCAGAGCCAAUGUUAAAACAGGAAACAUGUCCAGUCCCAGGAAAUCUCCAACAGCCUCUUCCUCCACCUCCUGCACCACCACCACCACCACCUGCUUCCCUUGCACCCAUGCACCGCCCUACUCUCCUCCCAGGGGGCUCUCGUCCUCCAACCGUUGUACCAGCUAGAGCGUCGUUGAUGAAAGAUUUCCCUGGAGUGAGCAAGACGCUAAAGGGAGUAACAGUAGCCUCUAAGCAGUCAGCAUCUGCAACCACAACUGCAGUAACCGGAUUUGGGGCUCCCCCCCCUCCUCCUCCUCCUCCGGCCUGUUCAGCAGCAGGCAGCUCUAAACUUCUUUCUGUCGGGUCAAAACCCCCUCCCUCGAUCGGUUCAACAUACGAGGGGAAAGUCUGUACGAGAUCUAUAGAGAUGGAAUGUCCAGGGCUGAGGGAAGCCGUCUUUCCAGAUAAGCCAGAAAAGCUAAAACGGAUAUUUACUGCACAAAAUUCGGAGGGUUUCUGGAAUGUGGAUGACUUGCCUAUCAUUGGUAUAGACACACAAGGCUUUACUGAUUUGCUGGCAGGUGCUGGUGCCAGGUCUCUUGGUCUUAAAGUUUUUGAAAGCGUGAAAAGACUUCUGGCCACCUUCAUGAUGUUGGCGUUCAUGAAACUGAGGCUUCAUGUCGUGUUCCCACUGACGCUUCCAUUCGGACAACCUGAGUCUGAGGUAACUGUUGGUGGUUUGGGAGUGAAGUAUUCCAAAGACAUCACAAAAGCGCUCAAGUGGGUUAAGAUCCAGGAAAGGAAGAUUCCUCUUCUUUACUCCCGACUGGAAUUUGGAGCCAACUGGGAAGCGGCCACACGAACGAUGGCACGGAAGAUGAAAAUUUAAAAGUGGAAAAAAAAAACUUGUUAGUGAAAUUAAAAGCCCAUUGUUCCAUUUUUUUAAGCUCCGCACAGAUCCUUUUAUUUUCGUAAACGGAUAAUAUCCACAUAAUUUUUUUCUAUUGGCAGUUGCGAUUAUUUUGGUUUUAGUUUGACGACAUCCAGUCAAGUUGCGCUUCAGUGCAUGGAAUUUCUAAGAUAACAUUCCAAAAUUAACAGGAGUCUUUAUUAGAAAUUGUAGUUGAAUCUCUGAGAUGUGACGUACUCGCUUUUAAAUUUGUCCAAGAUUAAUCCGGGGAAAGUAAUGUAAUUGGGACUUAGAGUUGAAACUCCAAAACAUAAUGAAUUUAUAUUUUAGUUUGGUCAAGAUAUGUGAAAGGCCUUUUUGAGUUUCAACCUGGUAAGUAAAUGAGAACAAUAUGAUGAUGUGUGGUUCUAAAAGAACAUUUUAAUCUCUGAAAUAUUAAUUGAUACAGGGGUAUUACUAAGCAAAAUAAUAAUUGAGAUUAAAUAAUAAAAUAAAAUAAUACUAAGGAAAAUAAUGAUUGAGAUUAUAUAAGGCAUCUUAUAAAGUCUAAACGAUUACAUGAUUUGAUUUUUUUAUUAUUGUAAGAGGUUCAAAAUCUUCAUAAUUUUCUGAAUAUGGCUACUUUUGUUAAAUUGUUCGUCUUGCCAUCAUGACAACGGGGUAACCAUAUAUCAACAAAAAAGGUAAAAAUAAAAUUCUAUUUAAUAAACAAGUAUAAGCGUGUGGAUUGUAAUCUUUUAUAUGAUUGGCUGAAUCGUGCGCGCAAUUUGAUUGUGUCUUAUGAUUUAUUGUAUGGGACAGAGGCAAAGAUGACGUUACCAUAAAUAACAUUUUGCCUUUAUCUUAUAGAAAAAAUAGUUUCCAUGUUGCCGUGUCUUUACAGUAAUAGAUCACAGAAGACUUCAAAUCAGUGACACACUCGGCCACCCCUCGUGUGCCUCUUUUUUUUUACCACAAUUUUACGUCAUCUGUGAUCUAUUACUGAACAGAAGCACAACAACAUGGGAUCUAUAUGGUAAAUAGCAAAAUUUCAUAGAAGUCUAUUACAUGUGACAUGUAGCUGUCACAAAAAAAUUGCUUUCUUCAUGAGGCUAAUGGUUGGAAUUGACUAACAAAUUUAAGAGUUGGUUGAGUGUUGUCCGUUAUUUUCCGAGCGUUUUCCUUUUUGUAAUAAAUUCCCAUAUGUUUAUGUGAAUUAACUAAACAAGGCGGAUAAAUUUGGUUGAUUAUUAGA